AUGGCGGCGGAGGAGGUUCGCGACAGGAUCAAGGGGCCGUGGAGUACGGAGGAGGACGCGUUGUUGAAGAACUUGGUUGAGCGGCACGGCGCUAGGAAUUGGUCGUUGAUAUGCCGGUCGAUUCCGGGGAGAUUGGGGAAGUCCUGUGGGCUGCGGUGGUGCAAUCAGCUCUCGUCGGAGGUGAAGCACCGCCCGUUCACGACGGAGGAGGACGAGACUAUUCUCAAGGCGCACGCCGAGUUUGGGAACAAGUGGGCGUCGAUCUCGAGGCUGCUCGUCGGGCGCACCUAUAACGCGAUUAAAAACCACUGGAAUUCGCCGCGGAUGUGGCGGCCGGCAGCGGCGGGGAGGAGGAGUGGCGGACGCAGUUGUUGA